AUGGCGCCUUCCUUGCCGUUGAACGAGGUUGUUUUUAAGGUCGGCGACGAUGUCGACGUUUUCUAUUGGAACGGGUGGUGUCGUGGUAUGGUUAUGAGGGUCUUAGAAGAGAAGUCGAGGUACGUUGUUCGGUUCCACAACUCAGGUCGAGAAGUUCUGUGUCCACUCUACAGUUUGAGGCUUCAUAUGGAAAGGAAUGAUGGGGCUUGGGUCCCACCUCUUCUACAGCAGAGAAUGUCAUCACCAACAAAUUUGGAGGCAAAGGAGAGGACUACUACUACUACUACUACUACUCAUAAUGAAUUCAACACUAGUAGUUCAAUUCGCAGCAAGGAGCCAUUGCAAUUGCUGGGAGUCAAGGAGAGGACUAUGAAAGUAGUCAAGACCGCAGAUGAUCACAAUAAGAACAAGAAUAAGCGUACGAAAAUUAAGAUCGUAUUUCGCAAAAAACCAAUAAUGGAGGCGGAGGCCAUAUUCAAAAAUGGGACUAUGGUGGAAGCUAGCAGCGACGAGAAAGGGUACGAGGGUGCUUGGUACAAAGCUAAGAUCAUCGAGGCUGUAGGGAGUGACAAGUUCUUGGUAGAAUAUCAGGACCUGGUGACCGAAGAUGAUAAUACCCAGCUAUUGAGAGAAAACGCAGAGCGGCGACAUCUUAGGCCGGAGCCGCCUUUGGUUCCAACAGUAUCCCAUUUCAAGUUGCUAGAGAAAGUGGAUGCUUGGUACAAUGACGGGUGGUGGGAAGGUGAAAUUUCGAAGGUUUUACCUGCUGGUGCGCACUAUGUCCUCUACUUCAAACACACAAACGAAGAAAUGACAUUCGCACUCUCUGAUUUGCGGCCUCACCAAGACUGGAUCAAUGGAAAGUGGUAUGCUUCGACCACCAAUACGACGAUGAAAACAGAUAUCUAG